AUGGAUUCGAUCGAAAAGGUCAGAUAUGUCGAGACUCAAAUCUCGCACUCGAUCAGUAUCACUACUAGCGAAAGUCAGGAGCUUUCACAUCAGUAUACUGAUGCAGAGCGUAAACAUCUCAAAAGAAAGGUCGAUAGAUAUCUUCUUCCACUCAUGUGGCUUUGCCAUGGCCUUCAACAAGUCGAUAAGGCCUGCGUGGGCACUCAAGCGACCUUCGGUUUACGUGAAGACACAGGACUCGUUGGCCAACAAUUCGCCUGGCUAACAACCAUGUUCUACCUAACAUAUCUGAUCUUCGAACUACCAUCCGUUAUCCUAUUGCAGCGGUACCCAAUGGGCCGAGUCCUCUCCUUGUAUAUCAUCUGCUGGGGCGUCGUAGUGCUAUGCAUUGGCUUCGCUCAGAAUUUCACACAGCUCAUUACGCUUCGCGCACUUCAAGGGAUGUUCGAGUGCUCCAUAAGUCCGGGGUUCCUGCUCGUCGUCGGCACUUGGUAUACGACUCGGGAACAUCCAUCGCGUGCCUUGGUCUUCCAAAGCGGAUUUGCUGGGAUGAGCGUGAUAACCGAUGCAAUCAUGUACGGAAUCGGGUCUGUAACUGACAGGAACCCGAAUUUCCAGGCGUGGAGAUAUAUGUCCUUCUUCCUUGGUAGUCUCACUAUCCUUGCGGGCGCUGUUUGCCUCCUAUUUCUUGGAACGCCAUCCGAGGUACGCUGGCUUUCCGCAGAGGAGAAAAAGAUAGCCGUAGCUCGUGUCAUGGCUAAUAAUACCGGCCAUGACCGAACGGGCUUCAAGGAUUGGAAGUGGGACCAGGCCAGAGAAUGUCUCACAGAUCCAACAUUCUGGUUCGCUGGACUAAACGCACUCCUAAACGCAGUCCCCAAUGGCGCAUUGACGACUUUUUCGGGGAUCCUAAACACCACUUUUGGUUUCACAAAUCUACAAGUCCUUGUACUAAACAUCCCAAAAUACAUUUUCUCCAUACUAUACUUCGUUUUGGUUGGCGUUGUCGCCACUAGAAAAAAGAACACUCGCAUGUGGAUUAUGAUGCUUUCUAACAUAACUCCAAUCGUUGGAUUUCUCCUAGUCACAAUUCUUCCUAACGAUCCGCAGUAUAAGUGGACGAAGUGGGCUGGAUAUUUCAUAACGAGUCCUUUCAUAACCGCCACAUUCUUUGCGUGGUCGUUAGUCCCGUCAAACGUUGCUGGGAGAACGAAACGUACUCUUUGCACAACUAUUACGUUUGUAGGGUAUUGUGUCGGCAACAUGACUGGGACGCAGAUUUUCAGAGCCAAGGACGCGCCCAGAUAUGUCCCAGGGCUUAUUGCCUGCACCGUCUGCUUAGCAGCCCAGAUUGUUGUGAUUUUCCUGUGGAGGAUGGUGCUCGUCAUGCGCAAUCGACGUCUGGAAAUGCGGAUGAGCGAACUUGGAAUUACGGAAGAGGAUAGAAUUAAGGCUGGUAAAGAGAUGGGAGAAAAUGAUUGCACGGAUCUCCACAACCCCUUCUUUCGAUAUGCAACAUGA